UUUAUUUUUAAAUCUUCGUGCAAUAACACGUGCCUGAAACUGUGUGACCCCCACCUCAGGGCAGAGAACAGUCCCCCCAGCCCCCACCUUCCUGGCGCUUGGCAGCAAACAGUGCCCCCCACCUGGCAACCAUGGACCUGGUCCCCGCGGCCUGGCCCCGCCAGAGCCCGGCUUCUCCCGCUCAGCCUGUCCCCCGGCUGUUGGCAUGGGCUGUGCCGAAGCCCAGAGCUGUGCAGAGACAUCAGCGCUCUCAGUUUUUGGUGGUUAUGAGCGCUGCUGCCGUGAACCUUCAUGUCCAAGUUUUUGCUGUAAACUCAGUGUCUUUCAGAGAGCAACGUGUUCCAUUUCGAUGGAGUCCGGCGUGUCGGUUCCCACUUUCAUCGGUCCUGCUUUCGGUGCUGUGUGCAGGGCUCUUCGUUGGACACGAGGUCGUACGGACACAAGGUCGUACGGACACGAGUCGUGCGGACACGAGGUUGUACGGACACGAGAUCGUGCGGACACGAGGUUGUACGGACACGAGUCGUGCAGACACGUGGUCGUACGGGCCACCUCGUUUUCUGCUGAGGAUUGUGUACACGUCCAGGGGCGUGACCCACCGGAUGAGCGACCUGGGGGUCUACCGGCUUCCCGGGCCUCCCACGACGGGUCUGCCUGGAACCUCUGAGUCCCACGACUGGUACUGGGACCAGGAUGCCGGAGUGGCUCUCCUGUCUUCCCACUCCACUGUCCUCGUGAGCCCAGCCCCUCUGCGCGGGGGUCCUCCUGGCUCUGCAUCCAAGCCACGGGGCCCUCGUUCAUGAGGCUCUCCCUAAGCUGUCACUGCCAACCUGGAGCCUGGCCCUGACCCUGACCCAACCGGGGGUGGGAUGGAGCCGGCACCAGGCCCGUGCACCCCUAGCCACACCGACCGAGUCCCCAGCGAGCCUCCCUAGACUCCACAGCAUGGGCGGUUCAUCCCGCUGGUCACUGCUGGGUCCCCCCGGUCACACACAGGCUGUGUUGUCGGUGCUGUGAGCACGAUCUCUCCGCCACCGCAGCCUGGCCCACCUGGCUGGGGAUCCUGAGUGCUGGCCUUCCUCAGGGAGCUGGGGCACCACGGUGGCCCUGGCCCACCCCCUUGCCAGCCUGGUUCUAGGUGGAGCCCAUCCUUCCUGAUGGUCCUGUGUUUCCUCAUGAUGGGAGGUUUCCUGGAAUGUGGGACUUUCACAUCACCUCCAAAAUUCAAGCGCAAUCCUGGGUGUACCUGGACAACCCCCAGAUCGGGAGACUCUCCGGGAAGUAUCGCUGACCUCCACAGCUGGCCCCACCUCCGAGUGGCCGUGUCCCUUGUUCCAUCACCACCCAUCGGUUCUACCCAUGCUGGGACCUCCCGUAUGAAGCCCUGCCACGGGUCGCGCGGUUCCCACUGCUCAGCACCAUGCUUCGGGCACCGGCUUUGCUGUGUGUGUCUGCGGUCCAGCCUCCGAAUGGUUCUGUGGUUCUGUGGUUCCAACGUCCGGCCACACCUCAGCUCAUGUGUCACCCUGUUCUUGGUGUCUGGCCGCAGUGAGUGCUCGUGCGAUCCUCGCGUGGGCACGAGCACUGGCUUCCAGUGUGUGAUGCCCAGGAGCGGGCCUGUAGCAUCCUAGGAACCCCCAGCAGUGUCUGGGCAUCCAGUGGUUCCAACACUGGUUUCACUGCAAUCACUUGGGCGGAUGUGUAGUGAUGCCUUAUCAUGGUUUAAUGUGUAAUUUCUUGAUAAAUAAUGGAACGAAGCACUUUUCAGAUGGUUAUGAGCCUUUUGAAUAAAUUUUUUGGUGGCUUAAACCAACACAAAUUUAUUUUCUUACAUCUCUUUAGGUUACAAAUCCAGCAAGGGUCUCGCCAGGCCAAGAUCAAGGUGUUGAUGGGGCUGUGCCCCUUCUGAAGCUCUAGGGAAGAAAAUCCGUGUCCUUGCCUUUUCUGGCCUCUGGAGGCUGCCGUAUUCCUCAGCUCCGGCUCCUUUGUUUCAUCCUUUUUGUUUUGUUUUAAGACAGAGGAGG